GUUACCGUUCAUACCACUCUCUCUCUUCGCAUCCUCCUCUCCACCGACCAUCGUCCUUGCGCACCAGUGCCACAGUACUUGCGUCGUAGCGGCCUUGCGUGCUAACAGAGCGACCCCACUACUAACCAGUUCCCGUUACUAGUGUAGUCCGCCUUGAUGCCUGAUGCGGCAACAGUUGCUUCUCGCUUAUUGUAUUGCUCCGUCUUACUCUCCUACCAUCCAUUCAUUUUUCUUACGUCUCCCCUCUACGUCAAUUCUGCGUGCGACAGUUUUUCUCGUUGUUCGCUCGCACGAGUCUUAUCCGCGCGCUUGAUAAAGGCGGCAGUGUCAAGGUCAGAGUGCGAGGAACGAAUGUUAAAAACGUUUAGUGUGGUGCAGCACGAGUGAAAGGAUUGUUCUGCUCCUUUUUCUCUUUCUUUCUCUCCUGUCUGACCAUCAUUUCCGUCGACGAAACAUGUCUCUCAUCGUCGAAUGCUUUCGUCGCCUGACGGAUGCAUCGUCUUGCAAGAGCGAGCUCAGAGGAUAUAAAGUGACAGAUGUAAAUCGUAUGCGGAAAAUUGGUAUUGCCUGUAGAAAUUUUCAAGACCUUAAACGAAAAGCAUGUUCGAAGUUAAAUAUAACUAAUGAUUUGGCAGAAGUGAAUGUUUUUCUCUUGGAUGGAUCAUUAAUCGAUGAGGAAUAUUUUCACACAUUAGAACCACAGACUACUCUCAUUUUACAGAAGCCAGGAGAGAAAGUAUUAUCUGACGCGGACAUUCUCUACGAUGCGCUGAGACGCGUGAACAUUGAUUUCCUCACUGCCGGCGACAAGGUGACGCAAUUUCUCACGGAAAAUCUUAAAGCAAAGGUCGCCUUGUUGAACAAAGUGUUGAAUAAAGAUGACUCCAAGACGGCACUUAGUACGAGGGACGAGCAUCCGGAAUGGUUUAAAGAUUUGGAAACUAAUUGUAUCACCAAAGAAGCAUAUAUGCAUCGCAGGUGUCAAGAUAGGAUACGCACUUAUCUGUAUAAGACGAUCGAGCAGAUCAGAUGUUCGGACGUGUAUAUGAAUGAUCGCAAGGCGAGGCAACAGCUUCUGCGUGCGAUAGCGUUCUUCAAAAUUCAGCUUAAGGAAGAUCACUAUUUCGGGUAUUAUUUCGACAGAAGCAGAGCGGAGACUGGAAACUUUAAGGAUGAUAGUGACGAGACCGAUUCUAAACAAUGUUACGAGCAUUGUCCUUGCAACUUUGGCCAUAUCAAUGACGAAACGUAUCUGUAUCAACCAUAUCUUCGUCUUCCUCAAUCGUCUGAUACAAGCACGACUAUAGUCGAUUCAACCAAGACCGACGAAACAGAUGCGAGAAGGCUCGUCAAAUCUGAGAAAAAUGCAAAUGACGAGAUAUUAGAAAGUUGCCCGUAUGGUGUGAAGCCACAAGGAAAACAAAUCGCCAUUUGUGAUAGGAAAGGCGAAUUUAAAUGCGAAGGCCGAUGGAACGCGAACGGCUGCGCCUACAGCGAUCGACACAGAAUCAAUCCAUAUAGAUCCAAAGAGGAGCUCGCUCUGUUCUCCACAUGGAAUUUGGAUCACAAAAUUGAAAGGUCCAGAACGCUCAUUCCGAAAUUACUACAGCUGUCGCAGCAGGACAUCAAUGAACAGGAUAUCUAUGACUGUUACGACAAUCUGUUUACCGUGAAGAAUUUAAGACUAGUUCAUAUCGUAUGCCAUGAUAAAGGAUCGCACAAAUAAGCUUCGACUUUAAAGUUUUUAUGUUAACAUAUAUUACGUAUAUAUGUUAUGUAUACAUAUAUUACAUUAUUAAAAAUAUGAUCGUGAGACGCGUGAAGGCCAAGAUAUAAUUAUACAAGAGUGCGAGAUGAUGUAUACAGAUGGAUAAUAUAGAUAGAACAGAUCUCCUCAUGCACAGAUCUCUAUAAAUAAGUAUAUUUAAGUGCUGUUGACAAAAGAUAGACUUAGAGAUUAUUAAUGUUAAUAUAAUAUCUUGGUUAUACUUCCAUUGCGGCAUGAAAUACUAAGCAAUAAUAUUAAUAAAAAAUCAUAAAGUGUCCUCUAAAGCUUAAAAUACUGUAAUUUAUAU